CAAUUAUCCAGGGGCAUUUUCAUCCAUCCUACUUUCUACGAAGCUUCGCUCUUCCUAUUAAACUAAAUCCCUCCACCAUUUCUCGAAACCCUGUAUUUCUUACCACGAGAAAUCCUUACUUAUAACGACGAAAACGAACAACAAAAGCGACAUACAAACAACAUUAAUUCUCAAACUCUCUUGAGUCUCUGCGACUGCGCCCAUGACUUACCGGACACUGACGACGCUCAACGAGCGACGAGACGCCGUUAGAGUUCCGUCGGGAUCCUACAGGCCACUCAAGACCUUCCCGCCGGAGCGACACUCCGACAUCGUCCGCCGGCCCGGAGGCAUCAUCAAGGUCCCCGGAAGGCUUAUAUCGGCGCCGGUAUCCUGCGGGUCACCCAGCAGGCUGACGAGAUUGCUGCUCAACGUGACUAUCGAGAGGAGCUUGGGGCCCGUGCAGGUGGUCAUAUCGCCGGAGAAAACGACCGGAGAUUUGAUAAAGGCCGCGCUGGAUAUUUACUCGAGGGAGAAGAGGAGGCCGUUGCUGCCGGAGUCCGACCCGCACCGUUUCGAGCUCCACUACUCGCAGUUCAGCUUGGAGAGUUUGAAGAGAGAAGAGAAGUUGAUAAACUUGGGGUCUAGAAAUUUCUUUAUGUGCUCAAAGCCAUCCAUCUCUAGCUGUUCUUCUUGCUCUGAGGAAGCCAAGAUGACAAUCUUCACCGCAUUUCCAUUGACAAAGUUGAUGGAUUUCUUGUUAUAGAUAUAUAAUAUUUUCUUAUCAGUUAGUCAUAAUACAUUAUGGACAAUUUUUCUCUAAUUUGGAUUAUAGAAAAAAUUUCUGAUUCAGUCUUUUAAAUUGAUAUCGAUUGUUAGAAUAUGUGAAAUGCAUGUAAAAAUCACAUGUUUUAAAGACAGAUAUCAAUUUAAUAAAUUGGAUUCGAGAAAUUUUCUAUGA